AAGUCGUCGGGAACUGGAGAACAUUGGUGACGCCACGCGCAGAGUCUGGUUGCUUAAAGGGCAUUAACGCGUUGUUGACCGGUGGAACGAUUUCAUCGACACGAAGUUUCUGGUUUCUUUUUUUAACCGAUGGAAACAAUUUAUGUUUUACACGGUAAACCCGUCUGGGUUUGAGAAUUAUUAGGCAAUAUCUGUUAUCCAAAAACUGGGAUUCAUAUUAGCUAUGUUGUCUGAAUGAUCGGAUCUAGUUAGCCUACUACCUAUACGCCUUGGGAAAAAUAAAUAUGUGCGGUUGUUUUACACAGUUAAAUAUAACUUGCGUAACAGUUUCCUUAUGUAGUGAAAGCCAAACAGAUUUCUUUUAAAUAAAUAUGCGCACUAAGACAGUAGGCUAUUCUAAUUUGCUAACGACUCCUAAUGUCGAUGCUGUAGAUAUAUAAACACAAUCACACAAAGAAGAAUAAUGGCAUUAUUGCAGCCCUCUUUUUUUGUGCUAUAUUUGCCUUUUCUUCUGCCUCGGUCCGGAGUAAGCAGUUGUAUAUAUUCCUGGCACCCGUUCAAUUGAUUUUUUUGAAAAAGGGGGCAGAUACGGCGAGAGGGCGCAUGCGCAAGAGGGGGGUUGUCGAAGAAUCAAGUAAAUAGAACUGGAGCUGCGAGCACAAGUUUAGUGUCGGCGAUGACGUCACCGCUGCACAUUGAGCUCUCGGCGUAGUAGUGGGAGAUAGAUAGAGGUGCACGGUUGUAAAGUACACACUGCCAUGAACUUCUGUUUGUAACUUAAUUGUUGUUGCUGCCGUCGGGAGGGAAAAUACAGCAAAAAACUUUUUUUUCUGUGCCUGUUUUUUUUUUUUUACUUAAAGAAUACAAUCACAUCGUUGGUGGGCAUUUGGGAGAAGUUCUAUUUUCCAGACUUUUUUUUCGGCGAGAGCGAUGUCGUCCGCGGCGGUUGCUGCUUCGAGAAGGCAGUCAUGUUAUUUAUGUGACUUGCCACGCAUGCCGUGGGCUAUGAUUUGGGAUUUUACCGAGCCCGUCUGUCGAGGAUGUGUCAACUAUGAAGGAGCCGACCGUAUCGAGUUUGUGAUUGAGACUGCCCGGCAAUUAAAACGGGCUCACGGCUUCCAGGAGGGUAGAUCUCCGGGGCCAGGGAAACCGCAGCUCUCGGGUAAAGAGAUUCAGUCGAUGAACCACACGCCUGGGGAUCCUGGUUCUCGGCCACCACAGCCCCUGGAUCGCUAUCCUCUCACCUCCGACAGACCGCCGAGGCUAGGUCCCGAGUAUCAGCCGGGGAGGCAGGCGAACGGCAUUCCUGUUCCGAACGGAUUUCCAAAACCAGACGACCCUCCGGAGCUCAACCGUCAGAGCCCCAAUCCUCGCAGGACGGUUCCCCCAAACUUAGUGCCUUUGGUUAACGGGAGCCUGGCCCCCGUGCACGCACUCAACGGCAGACCCGCACAGAUGGGAAUUCCCGGCGCGUUGACGGCGCAGGGCGCCGGCGAGCUCAGCGGCAAGCGGCCGGAUGAUAUGAAGGACAAGCACGGUUUGUCGGAGCUCAACGACGGCCACAAGCGGGCUGACGAGUGGAUGAACAAGGGGAAAACGGUCAGGGACUUAAUGGCGCUGCACACUUUCGACAGCAGGUACAAGAAAGAGCACACGGCCAUGCAGCAGAGAGUGAUGGGAUACGAGCCCAGCGCCACAAUCUCCAAAUCAGAAAGAGGCAAGCACCCCAGCAGGAGCAUGAAGAGAAAAGCGUCUCCGGAACCCGACAUGGAGGUCGCCCCGGCCAAGAUGAACGGCGAGGGGGGCGGGGGGCUCCAGCCCUGGCUGCCCCCCCCUGCGGAGGUCCUGAAGAUGCCCCAGGGCGGCGGCGGAGGAGGAGGAGGAGGAGGAGGGGGGGGCGUGCCCCCGCCGAACUUCCCCACGCCGCCCUCCACCAUCUCCCCGCACCCGCGCUCGUCCCCGGCGGGCGAGGCGGCGCAGAACGGCCAGUCGCCGAUGGCGGCGCUCAUCAUGGCCGCCGACAACGCCGGGGGCAACAGCUCGCCGAAGGACGCCGUGCAGGUGCACUCCACCACGCGGCGGAACAGCAGCAGCCCGCUGUCGCCCGCCUCGCUGGGCCAGCGCCGGCCGCCGCACCGCGAGGGCGGGCUGGUGGGCGGCCCCCACGUCCCCGGCCUGGACCAGGGGCCCCCGCAGAGCAUGCCGGACUCCUCGGUGCCCGGCAGCGUCCCGCUGUGCUGCACGCUCUGCCACGAGCGGCUGGAGGACACGCACUUCGUCCAGUGCCCCUCCGUGCCCUCGCACAAGUUCUGCUUCCCCUGCUCCCGGGAGAGCAUCAAGCAGCAGGGCGCCACGGGCGAGGUGUACUGCCCCAGCGGGGAGAAGUGCCCCCUGGUGGGGUCCAACGUGCCCUGGGCCUUCAUGCAGGGCGAGAUCGCCACCAUCCUGGCGGGGGACGUGAAAGUAAAAAAGGAGAGAGACCCUUAAUUUUACUUUCUUCCUUUUUAAACAAACAAAAAAAACAAAAACCUAUAUAUACAUAUAAAUUACACGCAUACCAUCCAAAACAAACGAAUAAUAAAAGAACUGAAACGGACUUGUACAUAUUUGGACGGAAGGGAAGUAUACACUUCGUAAAAAAAACAAAACAAAAACAAAACAAAAAAAAAAAACAUGGCUGUAUAAUUUUUGAUUUUUGAAUACAUUGUGUUUCUAUAUUUUUGAAGAUAAAGGUCUGUACUCAUCAUAAUGGACUACUUUUUUUCCUCCUUUUUUUGUUGAUGUUAAAAAAGGCAAAAAUUUAUCAAUGUACUUUUAGGUCUGGUGGCAGUCCCUGUUAUACAUAGAAUGUGACUAAUGCUACUCUACGAGCACUUGGCAAAACUGAAAAAUGCUUCUAGCUGUACUUGUUAUGCACUUGUUUAAAAAAAAAAAAGAAAAAAAUUGCCAAAUACAAUUUCUGACCUUGUAAUAAUAA